AACUGACCCGACACUUGGCACCUUGUGUUGGAGCCAUGGCCGGCAUGGCAGGCGUUCGCUUGCGGGGCUUGCAGGCAACACACUUAAACGGUCUCCUUGCGGUGUGCAAGGGCUUCGAUGAAGACAAGGGCAGAUGGGAAGUCGUCUUGGAGAAUGGUGAAGCGAAGGCAGUGAAAAAUGACAACGUCCUUCAGGUCCUGGAGCCUGGGACAGACAUUUUGAUGCAAAAUGGAAGUGUCCUCCAUGUGACGAUUGGCCGCGUGAGUGUUCUCAACCAAAUGGAGCAAGAAGACAGGGAGACAUGGGAACUUCUGCAAAAGGAGGUGGACCAGUUCUCCAUGACGCACGAGGUGAGAACAGAGCUGAACUGCCCUGAUGGCUGGCCUCAAUUUAGCAUAGUCCUCACGGGUGACCCCUCAAGCGUAAUGGGAGCCCGAAAGGCGCUGCCUGAAAUGCUAAAACCCUUUGGCCUCGAGAUUCCAGGGCCCAAAGUCAAGGGUGACACUGAGCCGGAGGCUAACAAAGUUGAAGCUGAGGCUGCAGAAACUGUGGAAGUUGAAGGGCUUGUGAUGAAGUCCAUGGAAAGGAGAGAACGGCCCAGCAGGAAGCGAUAAAAUGAGAAGUCCCCCAAAAAGCCCAGCAGGAACGACAUGCAAUAGAGUAGCCUCAGCAUGAGAUGUCAC